ACACCACACCGGCCUCGACCAACUCGAUCGCACAUUACCCGAUCGCCUCCGCCCCACGCCACGCUGCGCCACGACGCACCUCACAAAGCGAGAAGCGAAGCAAGCCCCAGACUCCGGCGAGCCGCGGCCCCGACGGCGCGGAGGGAGGAGGAGGGCGGCGGCGGAGGCCGCGAUGGGGAAUAAGAUCGCGCGGACGACGCAGGCGUCGGCGACGGAGUACUACCUCCACGACCUCCCGUCCACCUACAACCUUGUGCUCCUCGAUGUCGUCAGCCGCGGCCGCUUCCUCAAGUCCGUCCGCUGCAAGCACGACGAGGGGCUCCUCCUCGUCAAGGUCUACUUCAAGCGCGCCGGCGAGCCAAUCGACCUCAAGGAGCAUGAGCGGAGGCUAGAGCGGAUCAGGAACGCGUUCAAGGGGAUUGAGGGGUCUCACGUCUGGCCCUUCCAGGUUUGGUUACAAACAGAUAAGGCGGCAUAUCUCCUGAGGCAGUACUUCCACAACAACCUGCACGAUCGACUAAGCACACGCCCUUUCCUCAGUCAGAUUGUGAAGAAAUGGCUUGCUUUCCAGUUAAUCCAUGCCGUGGAGCAGAGCCAUAGUAAGGGAGUUUGCCAUGGUGACAUAAAAUGUGAAAAUGUACUCGUUACAUCUUGGAAUUGGUUAUAUCUUGCGGACUUUGCAUCUUUCAAACCGACUUACAUCCCGGAUGAUGAUCCGUCUGAUUUUUCAUUCUACUUUGACACUGGAGGAAGGCGAAGAUGCUAUCUGGCGCCCGAAAGAUUCUACGAGCAUGGUAGUGAGGCCCAAGUUGCAGCUGAUGCACCUCUGCAGCCAUCUAUGGAUAUAUUUUCUCUCGGGUGUGUUCUCGCUGAACUUUUCCUAGAAGGUCAGCCACUAUUUGAGCUUUCACAACUUUUGGCUUAUCGGCGUGGUCAGUAUGACCCCAUGCAUACCCUAGAAAAGAUACAAGAUUCUGGUAUUCGUGACAUGAUACUUCACAUGACCCAAUUGGACCCAAAAGAAAGGCUGUCAUGUAGAAGCUAUCUGCAAAAAUAUGAAUCUGUUGUAUUCCCGAUUUAUUUUUCAAAUUUUUUGCACAAGUUCUUCUCGGAUAUUGUUCCACUUGACUCAGAUACCAGGGUCGAGAAGACACAAGAAAAUUUUGAAAAGAUACAUGAAAUAAUGAUGAGUGGCUCAGCAAUUGAACAAAUUGUGGGAUCUACUUUGUGUGAGAAUAAGGAACUAUCUGAGGAAAAAGGCAUCAGACGGCAAAUGACAAACUCACCAGGAGAUUCUGCGAAAAACACAUAUGUAGUUAAGAAAAAUAUUCCUAUAGACCAUCAACAGAUUGUUGGAGAUCUCAAUUUCCUCCUCAAAGAAGUGGAGCACAGGAGCAACCACACAUGCACAAAGGUAACACAGGGCAUGGACCAUUUUGUUGCUUCAAGCAAUUCCUGUGCAAGUGUUAUUCAAGCAGGAAGACAAAUUGGAAGUGGUUUGAUGGGCCAGAACAAUGCUGUAUCCUAUGUGCAGAAGAUCUCAAAGAGUAAUUUACGCUCCUUAGUGGCUGGUUAUGAUGGCCAAUCCGAUACCUAUAGCUUUGACAUUUUUCAACAGAUAGGCUCCAAGGUGACCUGUGAAGGCAUGGUCUUGCUUGCCUCAUUACUCUGUUCAUGCAUACGCAGUGUGAAAAAACCAGAGCUUAGAAGGACCAGUCUCAUUCUUCUGAAGUUUUCUUCCACAUACAUAGAUGAUGAUAGUCGCUUACAGCUAGUGGUUCCCUAUGUGAUUGCAAUGCUUUCAGAUCCAGCUGCCAUUGUUCGCUGCGCUGCUUUGGAAACCUUAUGUGAUGUUCUCUGUCUUGUUCAAGACUUUCCUAUCAGUGAUGCAGUGAUAUUCCUGGAGUACAUCCUCCCAAUGCUCUCUUUGCUCCCUGAUGAUGCGGAGGAGAGUGUUAGAGUUUGCUAUGCUAGCAACAUUCAUAAGCUGGCUUUAACAGCUUAUAGAUUCCUACUCCGUUCUUGUAGCAUGACUGAUAUUGGUCCUCUAGAUGAAUCAGUGGUAGCUCUCAGAUCACAGUCCACUGAAUCACCAGUGAAGAAGCAAGAUAAAAUUGAUGGUCAACUUGCAGAUCUUAGGAAAUCUAUUUAUGAAAUAGUACAAGAGUUGGUAAUGGGGCAAAAGCAGACACCUAAUGUCCGUAGAGCUCUUCUACAGGAUAUUGGUUAUUUGUGUUACUUCUUUGGGCACAAACAAAGUAAUGAUUUUCUUCUUCCUAUACUUCCAGCAUUUCUAAAUGACCGUGAUGAGCAGCUCCGUGCAGUUUUCUUUGGUCAGAUCGUCUUUGUUUGCUAUUUUAUUGGUUCAAGAAGUGUUGAGGAAUAUCUUUUGCCAUAUCUUGAACAGGCACUAAGUGAUGCUAUGGAGGCUGUGCUUGUAAAUGCACUUGAUUGCUUGACCAUGAUGUGCAAAAGUGGUUAUUUGAGGAAAAGAGUCAUUGUUGGCCUAUUUGGAAAGGCUCUUCCCCUGCUCUGUUAUCCGAUCAAUUGGGUUAAACGGUCUGCUGUAAGACUUGUUGCUGCUUGCAGCGAAAGCUUAGGGUCUGUAGAUACUUAUGUAUAUCUUUCUCCACACCUAAGGCAUUUCCUACACAGGGAACCACCUUCAUUGACCUCUGAAACUGCUCUUCUUUCAUGUCUUAAGCCUCCAGUCUCAAAAUCAGUCUUAUACCAAGCUUUAGAGGAUUCUCAGGAUAUGGGAGACAUUUUACUGAAGAAUGGUGGCAAAAAAGAACUGACAGUUCAUGGUGUAAGAUACCCUGCUACAGUACAAAGUAGAUCCUCAACCAUUCUUGAAGAUGCUGCAAGAUUGAGAAGCCCUAAUAUUUCCAGCAACAUGUCUUUGGACAUCAAAGAUUCAGUUUCUUCUGAUAAAUCAUUAUAUUCUGGCUUUGCAUUGCAUGCAUCUGCUGGGAAUAGUUCCUUUUAUGAUGGCUUGUCUAAAGGAAUACCAUCUUACUCUGUUUUUACUGAUAAGCGUGGUUUAGGAGAAACACACAUGGUCCCUGAUUCGUCGGUGUACAAAGCUUCAAUAAGGCUACCUUGGUUGGAACCCAACCGUCCAGGCGUGCAGACUAGAGAUGAUCAUUUCAGUAGCAAGCGCCGAGAUUUAAGCAUCAAUGACUCUAUGAAGAGCAGCUCCUCUUUGCCAGAGGAUAGCAUUUCAAACUCUGAUACUCCAGGAUUGCCGUCGUUCACCAGAUCAGGAGUGGCCCUGGAGACUGGAUGGAGGCCACGUGGAGUUUUAGUGGCACAUCUACAGGAACAUCGCUUGUCUGUCAAUGAUAUAGCCGUAUCGAAUGACAAUACCUUUUUUGUGACUGCUUCGGAUGAUUCAAGUAUCAAGAUAUGGGAUUCAAGAAAGUUGGAAAAGGACAUUGCCUUCAGAUCUAGGCUAACAUAUAGCCUGGGUAGUAGCCGAGCUCUAUGUACGGAAAUGCUUCAUGGCACUUCUCAGGUUGCUGUUGGUGCCAGUGAUGGUACAUUACACUUGUUUUCUGUUGAUUGUGCACGCGGCGUUGGGAGUGUUGUGGAGAGGUAUUCUGGCAUUGUUGAUGUAAAAAGGAAAGAUAUGAAAGAAGGUGCAAUUCUCAGUGUUGUAAAUUGUUCAUCUGACAGUUUUAGCCCAACCGUCCUUUUCAGCACAGAACAUUGUGGCAUCCAUAAAUGGGAUACACGGACCAACUCAGAAUCUUGGUCAUUUAAAUCCUCACCAGGUCAGGGCUAUAUAUCAGCACUUGUAGUGGGUCAGUGUGGAAACUGGUUCAUCUCAGGUUCUUCAAGAGGUGUUCUUACAUUGUGGGAUAACAGGUUUUUGCUGCCUGUUAACUCAUGGAACUACUCCACUGUCAGCCCUAUAGAGAAAUUGUGCUUGCUUAUACCACCACCGAAUUCAAUAUCUUCUUCUGGAAGGCCAUUGGUUUUUGUUGCCGCAGGCUGCAACGAAGUUUCCCUAUGGAAUGCUGAGAAUGGUAGUUGUCACCAGAUGUUUAGAACGGCGAGCACAGAGAAUGAAGGUGUGAUGCCAAAGGCACCUUCAAGACCUCUUAACAAGUCAAGUACCAAAGAUGCGAGACGAACAGGAAAUUAUAAGUACAGAAUCGAUGAAUUGAAUGACCCACCUGCACGUCGUCCUGGCAUCCGCUCUUUGCUUCCCUUACCAGGUGGCGACCUAUUGACUGGAGGAACAGACUUGAAGAUUCGUUACUGGGACCAGGCCAGACCUGAGCAAAGCUUCUGUAUUGCUGGUCCCUUGGAAAAAGAAAUUGAUCCCUCAGCAAAAGGAGUUGGAAACGGCGAGUGUUAUGAUAUAAGAUCCAGUUUUGGAGUACAAGUUGUGCAGGAAAUAUGCAAAAAGCCUACCUCGGCUUCUGGGUUAACGCACAAGACUCGGCUCGCGAUGGCCGCUGCAGAUUCCGCCGGGUGCCACCGUGACGCUAUACUCGCGCUGGCGUCCUUCAACUUGUCGAGCCAAAGGUUGAUAUCAGCCAGCAGAGACGGUGCCAUCAAGGUGUGGAAAUAGCUGCUCCAGCAAUGGCUGUAUUACUGGGCGGCUGGAUCCAACAAUACCUAUACGCCAACCAGUAUUCAGAAAUCCAGGUUAACAAUAUGUUCUACCCUACUCUACUAUGCAUAAUUGUAUGUACUGUACAGUAGGAUUUCCAUAGAAAAGAAUCGUGUAGACAUUCCAGAAUCCAGCUGAUGGUGUAUGACGUAGUUUUUACUUUUUUCUGAUGGGACCCUUGCCAGAAAUACAGGAGGAGCUUGCACUCAAAAAGAGAGCCUGUGUAGCUGUGUAGAGUGCGCCUUUCUCAGUCA